AUGGAUCCAUCGGAGGACGACAUAGUACAGUCGUAUUUCACAGUGGGAUUGGCUGAGCACUUGGAGCCAUUGCCUCAGUUGCUCUAUGAAAUCGUCCAGGAUACGUCGGAAGCUGGCGAUUCAGAUGAUGAUAUGAGCGUGGGGCAAGGACAGCGACUGCGUCCACAGCUUCGGACAUUUGCGCCCGCGCCCUUAUCAUCCCUGAAAAGCAAGGUAUCGGUGCCGGUGAACCGGGAGUGUAUCAAGAUAUGGUCCAAGCUUCUCGUUAUGCUUGAUGGAGCUGAUGCCGAUCCGCAUUUCUGGCACCUGCGCCAGUUCUUUGACGCCCGUAUCCACGCGCCGGAGCAGGCUCGGCAAGAUGCGGACGAGGAAGAGGAGGCGGAUACGCAUCCGUCCCCUCUAGAGCGACGCAGCUCGAUGCGUAGUACUGGGUUCCGUGCCCCCAAAAUCCAGUGGUCACGCCGGCCUACGAUCUCUACCGUGGAGGAAAUUCAGCCUAUGCGUUCGUUCCUAGGCUCCAUUCGGCGGGGCAGUACGCGUCGACCAAUACAAGAGGCCGAUGUACCACGCACCGACAUGUAUGAGAUCUGGGUGGGAACGGAGACGGAGCGGAAAUGCAUUCAUUUCCCCGUGCGUUUGGAUCUGCAUUCCGUGGGCCUUGCCAACCCACGAAUGCAGAGCGCGGCGAGUGAGCAACGCGCUACAGCAGAGAAGGGACGUACGAACGAUACGGCCUAUCAGUCUGUGGCGCACGAUAUGGGCAAGUCGUUGGACGAAUCGGUGGCUGGCAGCAUGACCGCCUCUCAAACCUCACGACGCUCGUUUAUGCAUCGCAUGCUCGACCGUGGAUUCCGACGCGGAAGUCAGGCGUCCGGUGCGUCAGUACCUGGCUGGAUACAUGGGAUGGAGGAUGUGCAAGAUAUCCCCACCAAUGCCUUGGACGACUCGGACGACGAACAUGGCGAUGCGGUGAGUCCCUUGGUACGCAAUUUCCACCACCGUCGUGCCUCUGUCGCGAGUAGUGCAGCCCGAUCGCAUGCUGUGGCUCUGCCAAAGACCUCGGAACUGGGCCGUGUAGAAGAAGGAACCACGUUUGAGCCGUCGGAGCAGGUGUCCUCCGUGCAACACCGCUCUGAUCCGAGCGAGGCCAAAUCCAUACCGCCCAUUGCCGAGGGCGAAGAUUUCCUCUCAUUGCUACGCAAAGCAUGCAGCUACGCUACCGGUCCGCACUGGCUCAGUGGCGACUCAGAUCCCCUGCCAGCCAUUAUUAUGUUUGCCAUGGCCGACGCGUUCGGAUGGGAAGGAAUCCUCCACUUGUGCUACGGCAAAGACAGUAUGUGUGAUCGGGAGCAGGUCUUUGCAUCGUUGGGUCGAGCCGCGUAUAUGGAGUCGCAUCGCAAGCAAAAGUACGAGGCCGUUUUGUCAUGGCGCAAGAACAUCGUGAGCAACGCGAAUGAAAAUUUCAUGGCCGACAACGGCGUACUAGAUACCAUGCCGAGUGAGCCGCCUGUCGAUGAUGUGGAAUCGGUCUCCACACGGCGCUCUUUAUUGAGUGAGCAGGGCGCUGAGGAGUCGGAGAAGGAGUCAUCUCAUCAGCGCGCUCGGCAUACCUUUGCUAGGACAUGGGACGAUUGGAAGACUCUCUUUACGAGCCUUUCUGCCUGGGUCUCAGAAUACGAGACGGUUCGUGUGCAGACAGGGUUGGCCCAUGAAUAUGGCCAGGAGCCGACGUUUACCGUGCCUUCGCCGUCGCAUCUUCCCCGCCUUACAUUGCAAUCCCCACCUCUCUGUGUCGAGCAGGAUGCACUGCAAGGCGCCUAUGGAUUUUGGCGUCUUUCGGGCAUUCCUGCCGCUUUACGUUUGGAAUCGCAUCAUGAACACAUGGACUACCGCUGGUCACGCGCAAAACUGCGUAGCAGCCAGCUUGGCACACCCAUGGUGCUAGGCGUAGCAGGCGUGCAGUUCAUGUUCCGUCAGCUGUCAUCGUCCGCGUGGGUGUACAAUAGCGCAUGGGAGCUGACCUACUUGGACGACUGCAUUUUCCAGUCGCCUAUCGUGCGCACUCGGUUCCCACCGCCGGGCGAUCAUGCCCUAUCAUCUGCGGACGGGUACGAUACCGUGGCCAAUCGAACGGUAGAGUGCCCGUAUCCAAACACUGAGGGCACAUGGGCCGCCCUGGAUUGGAAGCAGUGGCUCAGCACCCUCUAUGCCGGCCAAAUUCUAGUGCCUACAGUAUCGUGGCAAGGUUGGUGGACCUUGGUAGCCGUCCUGAACGGUGCAGACCGGUCCGGCCGUGCCUUUGAUUUGCAGCUUCGCGCGCCAGGGGAGCCAUUGUCUUCCUUGGACCACGCGUCUGUGUAUUUGUAA